AUGAGCGCUGCCGCCGGUCAAUCGUUUGCCCACUCGACGGCGCCCACCCGCGCCGUCAGGGAGGUCCAGUUUGGCAUCCUGAGCCCGGAAGAGAUUAGGGCGAUCUCGGUGUGCAAGAUCGAGGUGCCCGAGGUCAAGGACGAGGCCGGCAAGCCGAGGAUCGGUGGUCUCUCUGACCCGCGCCUCGGCACCCUCGACCGCAACUACAAGUGCCAGACGUGCGGUGAGGGCCAGGCCGAGUGCCCCGGUCACUUUGGCCACAUCGACCUGGCCAAGCCCGUCUUCCACAUCGGCUACCUGGGCAAGGUAAAAAAGAUCCUCGAGUGCGUCUGCACUCACUGCGGACGCCUCAAGUCGGAUCCGGUGACCGACCCGGCGUUUGCGGCCAUCCUGCGGGCGACGGAGCGGAAUCGCAAGCGUCGCUUCCAGCGGGUGUGGGAGUACUGCUCGAAGAAGAUGAUUUGCGAGGCCGACGACCCCAAGGACGAGGACGAGAUGGGCUUCGAGGAGCAGCCCAAGCUGGGCCACGGCGGCUGCGGCCGCUCGCAGCCAGCGAUCCGGCGAGAGGGCCUCAAGCUCUUCUCGCAGUGGAAAAAGGGCAAAGGCGAGGACGAGGAGGGCGAGGAGACGGCCAUCAUGCAGCCCGAGAAGCGGCCGCUGCCGGCGUCCGAGGCGCACACCAUCCUCAAAAAGAUGACGUCGACCGACAUCGCGAUGCUCGGCCUGUCGGAGGAGAACGCGCGGCCGGACUGGAUGAUCAUCACGGUGCUGCCCGUGCCGCCGCCGCCGGUGCGUCCGUCGGUGCAGGACGGAGGCGAGGACGACCUGACCUACAAGCUGGCCGACAUCAUUCGCGCCAACGCCUCGCUCAAGAAGAUGGAGCAGGAGGGCACGCCGGCGCAUAUCCUGGCCGACUUUGAGCAGCUGCUCCAGUUUCACUGCGCCACGUUCAUCGACAACGACAUUGCCGGCCAGCCGCAAGCGAUGCAGUCGAGCGGCAGGCCGAUCAAGUCGAUCCGCGCCCGCCUCAAGGGCAAGGAGGGCCGGCUGCGAGGCAACCUGAUGGGCAAGCGUGUCAACUUUUCGGCGCGCACGGUCAUCACGGGCGAUCCCAACCUCGAGCUCGACGAGGUCGGCGUGCCGCGCUCGAUUGCGCGCAACCUGACCUACCCGGAGCGUGUCACGCCCUACAACCGCGCCUGGCUGUCGGAGCUCGUCCGCAACGGCCCCAAUGACUACCCGGGCGCCAAGUACGUCAUCCGCGACACGGGCGAGCGCAUCGACCUCAAGUACAACCGGCGGAGCGACAUGGCGCUGCAGCCCGGGUGGAUUGUCGAGCGCCACCUCAAGGACGGCGACUAUGUCCUCUUCAACCGGCAGCCGUCGCUCCACAAGAUGAGCAUGAUGUCGCACCGGAUCAAGCUGAUGGACUACUCGACCUUCCGGCUCAACCUCAGUGUCACGCCGCCGUACAAUGCCGACUUCGACGGCGACGAGAUGAACCUUCACGUGCCGCAGAGCGAGGAGACGCGCGCCGAGCUGGCCCAGAUCGCCUGGGUGCCGCGGCAGAUUGUGUCGCCGCAGGCCAACAAGCCCGUCAUGGGCAUCGUCCAGGACACGCUGUGCGGCGUGCGCAAGUUUUCGCUGCGAGACUGCCUUCUCGACUACGUCCAGGUGCAGCAGAUCCUGCUGUGGGUCGCCGACUGGGACGGCGUCGUGCCGAUGCCGUGCAUCCUCAAGCCCAAGCCCUACUGGUCGGGCAAGCAGAUCCUCUCGAUGUGCGUGCCCAAGGGCAUCAACGUCUUCCUGGACAAGGACAAGGGCCUCAAAAACAACUUCCUCAAGGACGACGGUGUCUACAUCGAGAACGGCGAGAUCAUGUACGGCGUCAUCAACAAGAAGGUGGUGGGCGCGGCGGCCGGCGGCCUGAUCCACAUCAUCUUCCGCGAAAAGGGCCCCGUCGUGUGCAAGCGCUUCUUCUCCGGGCUGCAGCGCGUCGUCAACUUCUGGCUGCUGCACAACGGCUUCUCGAUCGGCAUCGGCGACACAGUGGCCGACAAGGCGACAACCGAGAACAUCAACACCACCAUCGCCGCCGCCAAGGCCGCCGUCAUGGACUACAUCCGGUACGCGCGGCACGAUUGGCUCAAGUCCGACGCCGGCAUGACGCUGCGCGAGUCGUUCGAGGCCAACGUCAACCGCGUACUCAACCAGGCGCGUGACGACGUCGGCAACCACGCCGAGGGCAGCUUGCCCGACUUUAACAACGUCAAGCAGAUGGUCGUCGCCGGCUCCAAGGGCUCGUUCAUCAACAUCUCGCAGAUGUCGGCGUGUGUCGGCCAGCAGUCGGUCGAGGGCAAGCGCAUCCCCUUUGGCUUCCGCCACCGCAGCCUGCCCCACUUCACCAAGGACGACUUCACGCCCGAGUCGAGGGGCUUCGUCGAGAACUCGUACCUGCGAGGGCUGACCGCGCAGGAGUUCUUCUUCCACGCCAUGGCCGGUCGCGAGGGUCUGAUCGACACGGCCGUCAAGACGGCCGAGACGGGCUACAUCCAGCGCCGACUGGUCAAGGCGCUCGAGGAUGUCAUGGUGUGCUACGACGGCACCGUGCGCAACUCGACCAACAACGUCAUCCAGUUUGCCUACGGCGAGGACGGCAUCGACGGCGCCCAGGUCGAGACCCAGGGCCUGCUGACGCUCAAGCUCAACGACGCCGACUUCCGCCGCAUGUUCAAGGUCGACCUCCACGAGGGCGGCUUCAAGAAGGGCACCCUCCGUGCCGGCCUCGGCGACUGGUCGCAGGAGCUGCAGGACGUCCUGGACGACGAGUUUGCGCAGCUCCAGUACGACCGCGACCUGCUGCGCAACGAGAUCUUCCAGUCGGACCAGGUCCAGGUGCGGCUGCCGAUGAACGUGCCGCGCCUGGUGCUCAACGCCCAGCAGAUCUUCCACAUCGACCCGCGCAAGCCGAGCGACCUGUCGCCCUUCGACAUCGUCCACGGCCUCCGCCGCGUCCUCGAGCAGCUCGUCGUCGUCCGCGGUGAGGAUCCGAUCAGCCUGGCGGCGCAGGAGAACGCGACGCUGCUGUUCAAGAUCCACCUCCGCUCCUACCUCUGCUCCAAGAUGGUGAUCGAGGAGCACCACAUCAACAAGGAGGCGUGGGAGUGGAUCCUGGGCGAGAUCGAGGGCCAGUUCGCGCGCAGUGUGGCCAAUCCGGGAGAGAUGUGCGGCACCCUGGCCGCCCAGAGUAUCGGAGAGCCGGCGACGCAGAUGACGCUCAACACGUUCCACUAUGCCGGUGUGUCGAGCAAGAACGUCACGCUCGGCGUGCCGCGUCUCAAGGAGAUCAUCAACUGCGCCGAAAACAUCAAGACGCCGUCGGUCACCGUCUACCUCACCGACGAGUACAGCCAGUCGCAGGAGUCGGCCAAGGUGAUCCAGACGGCGCUGGCGCACACCACGCUGCGCACCGUCACGUCGGCCGUCGAGGUCCACUACGACCCGGACCCGUCCAACACCGUCAUCGAGGAGGACAAGGACUUUGUCGAGGCCUUCUUCGCCAUCCCCGACGAGGAGGUCGAGGCGAGCCUGGAGCGGCAGUCGCCGUGGCUGCUGAGGCUCGAGCUGGAUCGAGCCCAGAUGCUCGACAAGAACCUCACCAUGGCCGAGGUCGCCGCCAAGAUCAGCGCCAUGUUCGGCCAGGACAUCUUUGUCAUGCACUCCGAGGACAAUGCCGAGCAGCUCAUCCUGCGCAUCCGCGUCGUCGACAACGACCCGGAAAAGGAGGCGCAGGGCGAGGAGGAGAUCUUCCUCAAGAACCUGGCCACCCAGAUGCUGAGCGAGAUCGACCUCAAGGGCAUCAAGGGCAUCAAAAAGGUCUUCAUCGUCCAGCAGGACAACAAGACCCGGCGUGUCGACCCCGUCACGGGCGACUGGCGCACCGUCGUCGAGUGGGUGCUCGAGACGGACGGCACCAACCUCGCCGAGGUGCUUGCCGUCGACGGCGUCGACGCGGUCCGCACCUCGUCCAACAACCCCGUCGAGAUCUUCCGCGUGUUUGGCAUCGAGGCGGCGCGCAACUCGCUGCUCAAGGAGACGCGCGCCGUCAUCGAGUUUGACGGCUCCUACGUCAACUACCGCCACCUUGCCAUGCUCUGCGACAUCAUGACGAGCCAGGGAGCGCUCAUGGCCAUCACGCGCCACGGCAUCAACCGCACCAACCAGGGCGCGCUGAUGCGGUGCACCUUCGAGGAGACCGUCGAGCUGCUCGUCGAGGCAGCCGCCAUGGGCGACGUCGACGACUGCCACGGCGUGGCCCAGAACGUGCUCCUGGGCCAGCUGGCGCCCAUGGGCACCGGCGCAUUCGACCUCAACAUCGAUGUCGACAUGCUCAAAGACGUCAUUGUCAACCAUGCGCUGCCCUACGACACGAUGCUGGCGGCGAGGAACAUGGACGCCUCGGGCGGCAAGACGCCCGGCGGCAUGACGCCUUACGACUCGAGCUCGCCCGCCUCGGACGACGCGUUCCGCGUGCACGAGCAGGCCAUGUUCAGCCCGCUCGCCCAGGCCGGCGGCGACGAGGGCGGCUACAGCGACUACCUCAGCGCCGGCCAGAGCCCGAUGCGCACGCCGCUCGGAGGGCAGAGCCCGGGGCCGGGCUACGGCUUCUCGCCCGUCUCGCCGGGCUACGUGCCGACCUCUCCGGGCUACGCCACCAGCCCGGCGGGCGCGCUGGGCGCCAUGAGCCCGUGGACCGGCACCAAUGGCAUGGGCGCCACGUCGCCGGCCUACAGCCCGACGUCGCCGAGGAUCUUUGGCGGCGCGACCAGCCCGAGCUACUCGCCGACGUCGCCGAGCUACAGCCCUGCGAGCCCCAACUACUCGCCCUCGAGCCCCACGGGUCACGGCAUGAGCUACUCGCCCACCAGCCCGCGGAUGAGCCCGACGAGCCCGGCGGCGAGGUACGGCGCCGUGACGAGCCCGCAGUACUCGCCCGCCUCGCCCCGCUUUUCGCCGGCGAGCCCCAACUACAGCCCGGCGAGCCCGGCAUACACGCCCACGUCGCCCGUCUACUCGCCCACGUCGCCAGCGGCGGCGCGGCCAGGAGGCGGCAAGGGCUUCAGCCCGACGUCGCCGGCCUACUCGCCGACGUCGCCGCAGUACUCGCCGGCGUCGCCCGCGUUUUCGCCAACGUCUCCGCAGUACUCGCCCGCAUCGCCCCAGUACUCGCCCAGCAGCCCGGCCUUUGGCGGCGCCACCAGCCCGGGUCCCGCAGCGUCGGGUGGAGCCGCCUCGCCGCGGCGGAGCCGCAUGUCCAACAAGCCGGCGUGGCAGCGGUGA